AUGAAAUCCGCUGUAUUCUCAAUCACCAUCUUUCUGCUUGUAAUCACAGCAUUUUUGAUCGAAUCUUCAAACGCACUCUCGCACCCACUAGACAUGAUUGUUUCCAGCGUUGACCGCCACAGUAGAAAUGUUGCCAGCUUCUUGGUAAAAAGAAGAUCGCAUAGCAAAAGCAAGAAUAAGACCAAAAGCAAGAGCAAGAAGAGCAGCGACUGCAGCAAGCGAUAUUGCUCUAUGAAAUUAAAGCCGUGUCCAAAAGAUUGCCCUCAAUCCUGUGGUUAUUUGGAUUCCCCUGAUCCAUGCUGCCCCUUGCUAGGCAAACCAACCUGUCCUGAUUAUUAA